AUGUCACCGUUUCUUCCUCCAAAGGCGUCCAUCCUGAGUCCGACAACGCCUGUACAACCUGAUAGACAGUCCAAGCCAACAACAGGAAGGAAACCAUCUGUCGACGCCCAUAGGUCAUACUCCAUCAGCUCCUGGGUCAAGAACAUAUUGCCUAGCCACCGACCGGAGCGUAGGGGUACACUCCGUCGUCGAGGCUACUGGGAGCAGCAGGAGUUGACGCAUUCUAAUCAGCACGAGGCGCAUUUCGCAGCAUUGGGCCGACGAAGUCGAAGGAGCGCAACUGCAGGGUCAAAUCAUAUCACUGAAUGGAACUUGGCGAGAGAUCUAUCUGACGGUGGGAAGACCCGCCGUGAUUGCGAAGAAAACAUGGUUCUGGAUGCUGAUCGAAAAUGGAGCUGGGCUCCUGGCGAGGAUGCUAUGAAAAGCCGAACGGAUAUCCCGGAUAUGGAACAAGUACAAGGGGCUUCUAGGACAGAUCAAAACCGAGCCAAUUCUGCGGCUGUUAACAGUUUAGGGCCACAACCACCAUCUGCAGCUGAGCUUCAGAACAUCGAGGCGAAAAAAGAGACACGUCAACUUCGACGCAAUCUGAAAGAGAGUGGCGAUUACUUGGGCGUUCAAGGUUUUAACCCAGAGACUAGUCAGCUUGAUGUUGUGACUUCGACGGAGAGCGAUAGAAGCAGCAGCCUUAGCCAAGAAACGCAGCAAAAGCUACUUAUUCUUCGUAAUACCCUGAGAGAUGCCCGGCAUUCAUACAAGAGCGCAAAAGAGAGGAACGACAGUCAAGUUAAGAAAAUUCCGUGGAAGAAUGAGAAAGAAAAGCUCUGCCGGUUGGAGAAAGAGAAAGAAGCGGCGAAGGAGAUCAACAAAACAAUCAAGUGGAAACGCCAUGCACGGCAAUGGUCCUCAGCUCAGGAGCCGGAUUUGAGUCCUAUCGCCCAGUCAAUUGUUGGAAUAGCAGAGACAUCUCGCAAGGAAUCCCAUAAUCAAAACUCGAAACUCGAGCACCAUGACUCGAUGUCAAAUCUCAUUGAUCUUGAUUCUUCCUGCAAAACUUCCUUUCCUACUUCAGCGAUGCACGACGACCAGCCGCUAGCACAGAGUCCUGAUUCAGCAGCUACAGUCGUUAAAACAUCACAGGGCCAAAGCCUCGCAGACCCUACCGCGUUAGGUUCCUCGGCCUGGGAACUCUUCGUGAAUGGUAUAAGUUUCGACAGUUCCGACGAGCCCGUGCCUGCCAAAGUCCCGGAGGCCAGCUUGGCAGGCAGUGAGAGGACACAUAUAAGGCAACUUGAGAAUAGUGAACAACCAGUCUUGGGUAGAAAGUCAGACAAGUGCCAAGAAACUCAUUAUUCUGUCCUGAGGGAAGAAUUGAAGCAGAAUAAUGCGAAUAUUGAACCUACCAAUCACGGUUCUUUUUUAGACUUGCGCCGCCAGAGACAAGAGGACCCUAGAGGGGAAACCGCCAUAAUAAACUCUUUGGCAACAGCGAUGAGCAAAUACACCAAGCCGAGCAUACGGCCAAGGAGGCUGCAUUUACCCCACAACGUUGUCAACCUCUCAAGCCAAUGCAAGAAAGACAAAGGAGGGCCAACUACGAUAAAUUGCAACAAGAAGGGAGAAGAGUCCCAAUCAUCUUCCAUGAUGACCAUGGACCAGGUGCUACGAAAGCGUCAGUCAGAGGGCAUCCAGCCCACGCAAGAAAAACCUGUGAUAGCUACAGGUUCACGGGGAAAGCUCAUGCAAACUUGGGGUCAUUGGAUACCGAGAAGGAGAGGAUCCCGGAGUUUUCAAUCAAGCCAAGACAACACAGCGAGCCAUACCGCCGCCGGUCUCGAGACAAUCCCGCAAAUCCCAGACAGUUGGGCAACAGAUCUAACUUCCAGGCUGGGCCAGCAGAUUUUUGCCCACAGGCCGGAGACGAACCAGCGAGUGAAUACCAACUCCACGAUACGCCAGCAGACGGGGACAGAAGUCGAAGAACUGCAUCGACUCUCUUCGAUCACAGAAACAAGCAAGCAUAUAGACAAGGACAAGGACAUCUUGGCCCGAGACAACCGCGAGAGUCUUGCAUGGAAAGAAGUCGAGACCAAGCAACCAGUACCGGUAAGCUAUGCUUGCAUACCCAUCACCACCACUACUGGUUGCGGCCAACAAGAUUUGCAAGUGAGCUCCCGAGCGAAUACCCAACCGGACACAAAGAAUCCUUCAACUCUGCGGUUGGAGAGGCAUCUCGGUGGUAUGGCGUCCGACUUGCCUCUGGCUGCCAGGUCCGAACGCAAUUUGGGUGCCGCUGUAAUGAAACCCUUACGGAAUCAAUGGCGGAGCGUGGGCCAGGCAAAUCACGGUAUCGGAACAGAUACUAUGUUGAAGAAGAGGCACAUACAAAUCGACGAGCGCAUGGAGAGGAGUACCCGGCCUGUUGCGAAGACCGGCAACACGGCAACACCGGACGUGGUCGUGUCCAAGCCGGAAGAGCGGGUCGGCGCUUCAAAGGCAAUCAAGAGUCUCAAGAAACCGGUGGUCCACGGCGUGGACAAGAGGUCCAGAGUGGUAUCCAAAAUAUCAACCGAGCUAAAAGAUGCCAGCAUACGGACCGAAUGCAAGCUCGCCAUGCCAGAACAGACCAGGCCCAUGGCACAACAAGACGAGCCCGACGGGCUGAGCGACGCGAGUCAAGGACCAGGAAGCUUCCCGGACCUGAACGUCAUACACACUGGCGGCGACGGUUGCCAAAGCUCUUCCAGUGGUGACACAGCCACUGACACUGUUUCUCAUAUGGCGAUUACCGAGUACCUGGAGACGGUGAGAUGCCAUUUACUCGCAUUCUUUCUGCUGUACUGGGAGAUUGUAGGCCCAGUCUUUACUUCCAGAUCAGAGUACUGGGCAAGAAACAGGAGACACGAAUCAACUCUGGGCGAUUGUUUUGCUCUACUACUUGCGCUGCCCGGAGCAAUCCUUGCCGUCAUGGGCCUUGUCUAG